AAUAUGAAAAUUGAAACUUGAGUUGAUUCAAGAAAACUUAUUAGUUCCUUGAGAAUAAAAUCAAGUUAUAUUAUUUUUUUUUUAACUUGAUUUUAUCUGAGUAUCAUUUUUUUAUUCCACGGUUUAUGAACCAUUGGUAAAUUUUGAUAUACUCUAUAACUGGCGCGUAAAAAUAUUUACAUGGCAUGUAUAUUAUUACUAUAGGCUCAAAUACUAAUUUCAAAAAAAAAUAUGAGUCCUAAACGAUAGAGCUAGUUGAAGGGUAAUUAAUACGCAAUGAAUUUAAAAAUGGUUUUAUAUAAUUUUCAAAGGUUAUCGCAGAAGGUGUGCGUAUGCUUAUAAACAUAUUCGGAAGUUAUUCUUUACUUAAAAAUACGAUUCAAUUUACUUGCGACUCGGUCAUCUACUGAAGUUGAAGUUUAUGUAGUACGUUUUUCUCGAGAAUCAGUGCUAGUUAAUAUUACAGCAAACUGAGAAACAUACUGCCUCAAAUUAGUUAUAAACGUAUAAUAAAAUCACCUUCAUUGCCAUACUUUUUCAACUUUUUUUGAUAGAUUUACAUCUUUUUAAUGGACUUUCUAAUAGAAAAGCUUACAUUUUAUAACAAAAGAUGAUAAAUCUUUUGAAUAGAAAAAAUUCGUUUUAGUAAUUGAGUAUGUGCUUGUAAUUAAAAUGUAUUUGGGAUGUAAUUAAAAAUCUUCAUGUUUCAUAAAUAAGUAUUAUCGCGUAUGAAAAGCAAUUAUCAUAACUUAUCGAAAAAGAUAAAAGAAGCAAACAUGACGAUCGAAAAUUUAUGAGUACCCCCAUUGAAAUUCGUUGAUCAAAAUUACUACUACGCGUAAAUUACAAAAAACAACGGUUUAUCACCGAAAAAGUGGAACUCAACGUGCUUGAUUAUUGUUUUUCCACUGAUUAAAACUGUAUGAACGUUUACGUUCUUACAAAUGAUGAUGUGAAUGAAAGAGGAAAAUUUGUGAACGAUAUAAGAAAAUUUGUUGCGUUGUACUAUUCGUAAUGAUUGCGAAUGAAAAACAAAUUUUAAUCGUUGAGUGACAAUGAUUUUUUCAAAUAGAGCACGCAUUUUUUUUUUGAUAAUUAACAUUGAUGAUUUGAAAGCCUCGCUGAGAGCGACAUUUCUUGCUCGACUGUAAAAAUGAAGGGUUGAAACAAUGAGCGGGAGAAAUUAAUUUAACGGAGGAGUAAGUUGAAAAUGACGACAAACCUGAUAAGCUUAAGCUACUUUUUUUCUCGAAUAUUACUGUUUUCUUGAAAAAAGUUAAUUUUUGUAAAUAAUGACUAUUGAAAACAGAACGAAAAACCGAUGAGAUUCGAGGGAAGAUAAAAAUAAAAACUAUGAAAUUCAUUAGUUCUUAUAUAAAUUUAAGUCGAAGAAUUUUUGUAAAUAAAAGUUGCUAAACGAGAAACUAAUGAAUUGAAAGAAAGAACAAAAUAAAAGAAUGCAACGCAAUUGUCAUGUCGACGAUAAUGUUAUCGAAAAGAAAGAAAAAAUAAAGCGACGACAAAAAAUCAAUCAGACGUUGUGUUGUGUAUCAUUCAUUUCGCGCCGCUUGCGCGUGCUGGUCUCCGAUAGUCAGCGCCAGAGGACGCGCCGACUCGCUACAUUUCCGAUCCAUUUUAGCUCUUUCCGCAGCCUCGCGUCAUUCGUUCAAGAACUGGCGUGGAGAAUGCAUCUCGCGUGUCGACGCUGAGAGACUCAUGGCCAGCUCUCGUAUCGUGCCCAACUUGUGCUUCGUUCGUCGCUCAACCACUAUUCCUCAGAUUCGCCAUCCAAUAUCUAGUUACAUGUUAUUCUUUUACAUGACAUAAUAAACCAAUAAAUCAGCUGCAUGCGUCAACUUUUUUCGAAUCUACUAUGCCAAUCCCAGUGCAAUCGAUACCACAACAUAUAAACUAUCUGUAAUAGGCUCGGAAACCUCUGGAUGUAAUCCACCGUGAAAAGUGACACGAGGCAAGAAAUAAUGAUUAAUAGAGAGCCGCAACCCAAAGUCCACACUUCACUCAUUCAUUGGUAGGAAGGGCGUAUUUUCUUACAAUUGAACAAGAAUUAACAAAAAAACCAAAAAAUGGACGCAUACUUGGAAAAAAUUAAAAAUAUGCAACCGCAUAUCGAUUUCUUAAGUGAUAAAAUAAUUGCACUUAAGAAAAUAAAAAAUAGUAAGAGUGGUGCCCCAGAUACAGAGUUGAAUCAUCGACUUGCAACGUAUCAAAAGAUGUUUCAGGUUCUCACUACACAGGGUAGAGCUGAUAAUAAACAAAAAAGAGUAUCGAUGGAAACUCUGGAAAAAUUUCAAGUUGUGAUAGAAAAGAUACAGGCUAAAGACGCUGAAGCUGAACGUAAAGAACAGAAUUCAAAGCCAAAUUUAGAACGAAAUCCUUUUUAUGAUCCGGAUAAAAAAAAAUUGAAAAAUGAGACGCCUGAUUCGCCACCUCCGCCAUCCAGUCCUCCAGAGUCGGAAGCACCUUCUAAACCGUCGGAACCCAUAAUUAUUCCUACUGAACGAAGUGCUCACUAUGGAAGACCUGAUACGAUACAUUCGAGUGCAUCACCCCUCAAUGAUCAAAGACGUAGAGAGUCUCGCAGCCCGCCUGGAUAUGCUUCGAGAUUUUUACCCGUCGCGAGUAGAGACUUGAGACAAUCUAGCCCUCAAGCAUGGGAUAGUGAUACCGAAGAAAAAAAUCAAGAAUCUCAAAUAAUUGUGCCAGGAGCAAAAAAACCAAUAAGCAGUAUGGUAUCCAUAGAAGAAUAUAGAGAUGAUUAUUCAUCGAAAAGACACGAAAAACUCUCGCCUCCGCCGAGUCACCCAUCUGAAAACAUUCCAACAGUGCAAGUAAACGGAUUGGGGGGUUCACGUAGGUUGAGUUCUGUACUUGAAAAGACCAGAAUCUUGAACUCGAACGUUGAAUUGACGCGAAUUCUGCACAACAUGCAAUCACCAAAAUCAGAUUCUGAUAUGCGUGUACGAACGCUACCAACUUCCCCGUUGAGACCACCAUCUGUAGCCGCACCAUCGACGCCAUCUACGCUUUUUAAUGCUCCUCUUCCCAGCUCAGGAUUACCGAUUUCCUUUGAGGAGUUGAGCGAAUAUUUGCCUGCUGAUUCUGCAUCACGAGCUCAGGAAUUAGAGAACAGAUCCAGUCGAGUGAAUUCUUCGUUUCCAUCGAGAUUGUCAAGUAAUUCCGCGACAAAUAGUGCAAACAACAUUGCAGAGUCGAGUUCCAUUCCAUCUUCUGCAUAUGAUCACAGAGAUCCAAGAAUAUCUAACGACCCAAGAAUACGACCGAAUACAGAUCCACGUAAUAUUGGAGCUUCAGUUACCCGUUUUGCAGACAAUUAUGAAAGGCAUAAACGUCCACUUCAACAUUUGGAACAUCCUUCUCUUCCUUCAAGUCACAUUGAUUAUAGAACUCAUCAGUUUAGAUCCGAAGUUCAAUCGUCCAACAAUACGGCACCACAAAUUCCUGCACUGGGUGGAUACUCUAUGAAUCAGCAUAAUCAAAUGUCUGGAGGAUAUGAUUAUCGACAAGUACAAACUCCCAUAACAUCAAAUGCACAAUCAACUUCACAAACACCACAAUCACAUUGGGGUAAUAUGCCACAUCACAAUUCUAUACCAUCAUCACAGCAAACACAAUGGGGUAGUAUGUCACAUAUGCAACCUGGAAUGCACAUGUCUCAAAUGUCAAACUAUCCAUCUGUGAAUGCAAGUCAACCGUCUAAGGGACCAGGUCAACUAAAUAGCUGGCAAAAUCCGUCAAUGUAUUCAGAGAGGUCUACAAUGAUCAAUGGUGAUUCUCGAAUGCCUCCUAGUGGAUAUAGCAAUCAGAUGCAGACUCAAAUGGUAUCGACUCACCAGAAUCAAAGGCCAAUGAUGAAUCAACAAUCUAGCAAUAAUUACACAGUAACUAACAACUAUGCAAAUUAUUCAGAUUCGCGAUCGGUUUAUGAGACUCCUACUCAAUUGAAUUCUGGAAGACAAUCUUGGAAUCCUACUAAUGGUCCGCGAUUUUCGACUCAUAGACCUAACUUGACAAAUGUAUCUAGUAGUCAUUAUGCUACUAGUCGACCAGUUAGGGAGAAAGAUAUGCAAACAUCACGAAAUCAAGAUGUAUUACAAGUCUGUAGGUCCAGAGAUCCAAGAGAUCCUCGAAGCAGAGGAGAACCACGACCUCCAACUCCACCGAUUAGGAAAUCAAAUGAAUCGACAGCCGAUAAAGAAAAAGAAAAAAUAGUCGAUAAAGAGAAGGAAAAAGAUAAAGAUAAACAUAGAGAAAAAGAAAAAGAUAAACAGAGAGAUAAAGAAAAAGAUAAGCAGAGAGAGAAAGAAAAAGAAGUUCAACCAAAUAAACAUGCCAAAGAGAAUCCUGAACCUAGUCCUUCAGUCAAAAAAUAUAAAGAUCAUUCUAAGAAUGAUCUUUAUAAAUCUAAAGAUCGUGAUGUUCAUAAAUCAAAAAGUCGAGAUGGUGUAAAAUCAAAAGAUAAGGAUCACGAAACAAAUAAAAGAAGAGAAAUAGUAAAAUCAAAAUCUAAAGAAUCUAAAUCUGUAGCAGAGUUCUAUGGAGCUAUUGAUACACAAAAACCAGGACUACAGAAAUUUAAAAUUCCUAAAAAGAAACCUUUGAUAGAUUCUCCCUCUGAGUCAGCCAAAGAGCAAGAGGUAAUACAAAACACUGAUGUUGAGGGUAAGAGACCAUCACCUCCAGUAGAAAACGAUAUACAGUCAAAUACACCAGAUUCAACUAAUGAAGAAGAUGAUGCAAAUACUGUAUCGAAAGGAAAUAAAAAUGAUGUCUGUGAAAAAGAUAAAGAACAGAUAAGUGGAAAAAACAAAGAUAAGAAAAAACCUGAAAAUUUGUCAAAAGACGAACUUGCUGUUUUACUUCAAAAUUUUUUACAAUCUAGUAAAAAAAGUAAAAAACAAAAUGUCAUAUAUUCGUCAGAGGAAGAAAGCGACGAUAGUGAUAACAAUAAGGUCUCUACAACGCUUUCUAACAAGAAAAAAAAGGUUUUAGCCUCUUCUUCUGAUGAAGAAUCUGAAGUAGCUUCAAAAAAGUCUUCUAUAUCCAAUAAAAAACCAUCCAAAAAUGAGUCUAAAGAUUCUAAAGAAAAAAAGCGUAAAAAGAAAAAGGAUAAGAAAAAAGAGAAACAAAAUGAUGUUCCAGUUUCAACAGAAACGACCGAAUCGAACGUUAUUGGUACAGAAUUAACUGAGACAAGUGAAACAACAGUUAAUGAGGAAACAUCGAUUGAAACGCAUGUAAAUGUGCCUGCUACGAAAGAAGUAGAGGACUCAUUGAAAGAUAAAGUUACACCACCCAAAGCUAAACCUAAACGUCGCCGUGAAUUAGAUGCUUUACAAGAAGAUCUUAAAACAAGUUGGAUUUGCGAUGGGGCUAUGAAAGCUAUUGGAAGUCGAAUAUGCAGUAGCCGUCAACAACAAAAUAUUUCGGAGCAGCAGCAAGUUGAAGAAGAAAGUACACCUGCACCUAGAACAAGAAGAACUCCAGGGCCAAAACCAAAGUCAGCAACAAAGGCUAAAAAAUCACCAACUGCUGCAUUCGAAUCUCAAACUCGUAUUACUGAUGGCGAAACUGACGAUGUUUCAGCAGCUUCAGCAACUUCGGAUAUCUCAACAAAAACAACUCGAAAAUCGAAAGCUAGAAAGAACAUUCCACUUGCACCAUUAUUUGAUGAAUCCUCCAUCGAUGAUUUCAAUCUAGAUGAUGUGUCAUAUGAAGAACCAUCGGAUAGCUCAUUGACUAGCGAAAUUUCGGAUAAAUCAAAGAGAGGCGGCAAGAGAAAAUCGGGGCAAGCCUCAGUUGGAGAUCUUUUUCACCGGAACGAAACCCUCAUUUUACCCCACGGCUCUUCGUCUCCACCUUCGUCGUCAUCAACAUCAAUACUUCAGCAACAUAGUGACAAUGAAGAACUGAUCGGAGAUAUUACGGCCAAUUUGACAUCUAAACCGGUAGUCGCGAAAAAGAAAACUAAGAAAAAGAGGAAUCACUGGCAACUGGGAAUUGUGCCGAAAAAGAAGAAAAAGAAUCCUGCUAGUAGAAUAGAUACCAUAUCUGCAUCAACUUCAACUACCGUAUCUUCGGGAAGUAUAGAAAAAGAUAGUGAAUCAAACUCUUCUAGAAAUACCAUUUACUCUGAAGAAAAUAUGACUCAAGAAGAUUAUAAUGCUAUAAUUACAGAAUCUCAAAAAAAUAAUGAAGAUGUGACUUCUCGGGUUGAUGUUGAUGCCCUUAUAGUCUAUACUAUAGCGGGAUUGCAAGACAAAUAUCAAUGCCUACUUUGUCCUUUUUAUCGCAAAAAUAUCGUUAAUCAUUAUAAGACGCAGCAUCCGCGUAAAGAAGUGCUUAUAUCGCGUCUAGCAGUACCUGAAGCAAAUUUGGCUAUUGAAGAGUCACAGUCACUCAAUUUAGAUAAUUUUACGGACGAUUCGAAUCAAAAUGAGAUUCUUUCAAGUCAGUUUAAUUGUCGUUUUUGUGAUUUUGUGACCAAAGGCUUAAGCCAAUGUGCUCGCGAAUCUUUUUACGAUCAUUGUGUUAAUCAUACUGGAGAAUACAGAUAUUCAUGUCGACCAUGUGGUUACGAAGCUCAAUCAAAAAACUCUGUACGUACUCACUUUUACAAUAUAUGUCGUAAAAAUAGUAAUAUUACCAUAAAUGAGGCUUUAAUCGAACAUCCUGUACCACCUGGAAACAGAGUUUAUGGAUACAUUUGUACAAAGUGUAAUUUUGUACAGUUGAAUAAAAUUAACGUUGAAAAACAUAUGAAAUUAUGGCAUUGUAAAGGGUCAAAAGAAGAUGCUAAAAUUAUGAAAAUUGAUAUGAGUUUGAGGGUUAAAGGGGAAGAAUUACACGAUUCUGUUAUAUCUGUGCCCCUAGACGUGACCACUAAAUCAGAAUUAAAAGAUGAGAAAUUUAUGUCAGUUGAAGAAAUGCAACUGAAACAAGAAUUUACAGCUGAUUCUGUGGAUGUUUCACCUGACGCCACUGACAAUAAACCAACAUCGGAACCUGAGAUAAGUACUGUGAUUGAAAUUAACGAACCAAAGUCAGAACAAAUGGACAAAAAAAAGGAUCUCAGCGCCUUUGUUUCUGCAACAGAACUUGGUGACACAGACAUUUUGAUAAAAAACGAACGUAUAAAAAAAAUGAAAGAAAUUGUCCAAAAUAUUGGUAUCAAAGUUAGCAAAAGUCAAAUUCAACAGCGAGGUUCUAUUAUCGAUCAGCUUCAAGAUAAAUUGCAGACUUCAAUGGAUACAUUAAAUUCAUCUAAAGAGGAUGAAGUUACAGAUCCAAUUGAAGAUCCUUUAUUAAUAACUGAGCCAAAAGUUGAGAAUACAAACAUGCAAGAAUUCGUCGAAAAUCAAUCUUCGAAAUCGGAAGAAGCAGAUAUGACGGUUGAAGCUGAAGUAGUAAGGGUUAAAGAAAAUCAAGACGAAGAGGAAGAAGAAGAGAAAUCGGAUAAAUUUGUACCCGAAUUUCGAGAUCCAUUAGCUCUUCUCGAUGAACCAUCUCCAGAGGCAGAUAACGAUGUUCCAAACAAUGCGCCGUUUGUAUCAUCCCCUGUAAGCGAUUGUACAGACUCGGGCCCAGUGGAUGAAACUGCUGAUGUAGAUGUUUCCAGAAUACUGAAAGAAACACAACAGGUUUCACCAUCAAAAUCUGGUAUGAUGACAACUAUCCAAAGGUUAGCUGCACAAUUGCAAAAUUCCAAGUCUGCGACCUCAGUGCCGAUAAUAUCAUCUGAAGAAAAUAUGUAUACCAUGGAAAACUUCAGUGAACUUUCGAAAGACGGAAAAGAUGAAACAGAGGAAGAAGACGAAGAAGAAGAGGAGGAGGAAGAAGAAGAAGAAGAAGAAGAAGAAGAAGAUGAAAAUGAAGAUAAAAAGAUGGAUGAUAACGUAAAAGAGGAAGAAAAUAAAAACAACACCCCACUAAAAUCACAACAAUCUUCACCUCCCAAGUUCUUGCGAAUACGCAGAAUAAGCGGCGAUUUAUUAUCCAAAGUUGAAGGAGAAACUUCCCCAUACAAAAAUGAAAAAUCAGUAAACGAUUUGAAACCAGAAGAAGAUGGAAUAGCGGGCUUGAAGAUAGCUAGCGUUGUUAGUCUUGCUCCUAAUCAAGACGAUAAUCAUCCUGAAUUUCGAACUUUCGUUAGUAAUAAAGAGACACCUGCUGGGAUAUCUUUAUUGAAAAAUUCUUCGAAUAUUGUUAUUCAACGUCUCAAUCCAACUGGAGAUGUGAAAUUUGUACCAGUUACCAUGAAAUCAGAAAGCGCUAUAUCAUCUCUUUCUUUUUCUGCUGGUCAACAGAUUACACUUGUCAAUGAAGGUGGGAAAAAUAUUCCUUUGGCAAUGAGACCUGGACAAAAUAUUUCAACCUUAGUCAAUUCAACCAGUCAAAAACCCGUAAAAAUAAUCAAACUUCAAUCGAACUCGGUACCAACGAGAGACGUUUUGGCUGUCAAGUUAAAAUCUGCAAAUAUCUACGAAAAAAUGCUUCUAGAUGAAAAACUUGUUCAUAUUUUUAAAUGCAUGGGACGUAGUUGCUAUUUUACUUGCAACAACGAGCAAGCAUUUAAUAAGCAUAUUCGAAUGCACGAAGAAGAUGUCGGUGGUAACAACGUUAUUAAAGAUUACUUGAAAUGUUGUUAUUGCUACGUGGAUUAUCCAAACUACCAAGCUCUACUCGAUCAUAUUUGUGAAAAGCAUGCAUACUGUAGAUAUUGUUGCAAGUACUGCUUCUACAGAGCACGUGUUAGUUCACACGUUGAAAUUCAUGAAAAUCUAAAUCAUCCCGGUAACCCGAUAAAAAUAUUGCUGGCUCCAGAAGAUCCAGCAUAUCCACCACCUACCAGUACAAAUAAAAUGGAUCGAAAGUUGAUAGUGAAGGCCUACGUUUGUACACAACCAGGGUGCAAUAAAUACUUCUUUAUUCCCGAAGCCUUCAAGCUACAUUUGAAUUUAAACCAUACAAAUCAUAAGCAUAAUGUAUGCUAUCACUGUAAAGAAGUUAUUGAAGGAAUAGAAGCAUUAUUCGAGCAUUACAAAAUACAUGGAUAUUAUAAGUACCACUGCAUGUAUUGUACAAUGGGUGGAUCGACAGUGAAAGAAUUACAUUGUCAUUUAACUGUCUAUCAUUAUCAAGAGCUUCCGCAUAUUUUAGAAAGAUGCUUCCCUCGCGAGAUCUCAAAAUCUGUCAGUGCCAUUGAUCAGCUAAAAGAACGAGAUGUUGAAAUGUGCUAUCGCCUGCGCAAAAAAGAUUUAGCUCAGUUAAAGCCUAAAAGUCCACUCAAAACUGCAGUUACCCAAAAUCCUAUUGCUGCUAACAUUCUUCCCAGUGCAGCUAAUACUUUCUUGCCAAUAUCGAGCAUUGCUUCAAAUGUGGGUAACAUCGGCAAUGUAAGUCUUUCUAACAUUAAAAUAGUCGAUGCAAGAAGUUUGAAAGCAGCAGGUCCAAUUGCUGCACCUCCAGGUUUGAUGAGCAUGUGUCAGAAUAUUUUACUCAAACCGAAUGAGUCAACUCUCAGCAAGGAACUUAUUUCUAAUGUGCCUAUCAAACAAGAUAGUCCACCGGAAACGCAACAAUCACUUGAUUAUGAUAGUGAUAUUGAAAUAAUUGAAGAUUUUACGAAUAAAGAUCCGCUGCAAAGUUCUGAAUUGGACUCGAAAAAUAAUGAAGAAGUUGAAAGUGAAUCAGUUGAUCAAGAAGAAACAAAAGUAACAGAUCUUCCGAAUAAAGAACCUAUAACUCUGGAAGACAUUCGAGAUACUGGUUUAGUUGGCAAAGAUUUAUACAUGUGCGGCUAUGUAAAUUGUAAACAAGCUUUUGAUUCUAACGAAGAGUUGAAAUUGCAUAUGGCCUCUUGUCAAACUUCUAGUGAAAUGGCUGACAUUUUCUGUGAACAUUGCGGAUCUACUAGUAAACGAUUCUUGAAACCUAGUGGAUACCUAGAACACCUUAAAUUUCAUGGAUUGAAACGAUUCAAGUGUUCGUUAUGCAGCAGUAGAUUCGCUUGCUCAGCUCAAGCAAUUACUCAUAUGAGAAGUAGACAUAAACAAACGAAUAAUAGAGUAAUGCCUGCUGAUCCGAAAAAUCCUUCGCCGGAUGCUUUGUUCAUAGUUUAUCCGAUAAAAUCAUUAGAUAAAACAAAAGCAAAAAAACUUGGAAAAAAUCCAACUUCCCAACCGCUCGUUGAAACAGAAAAAUGUGUUUUUGCACCUUCUGAAAUUGAUAAACUUCCACUUCAAGCAAUUUACAAUCGAACGGUGAAAUGCGCUGAAUGUGCUUACAGCAACAAAGUACGUUCUAACAUGCUUAGACACUUGCAAGCUCAUCUAUCUGAUGUAACUGUCCCAGACUCUAGCCCUGUAAAUCCGGUGCCUUGUCUUGACAAAAAGGAACUCAUGUUUAAUAAAAUGAUUAAUUUAGCUAGUAGUAGCCAUGAAAAUGGAAGGAUGGGUGAUGGAGGUUACAAAAACGCCCAAAAGGCCAUGAGCGAAGAUGAAAAUUGGUUGCCGAAAUUUGUUCCUGAGCAUAAGAGAUAUGUCUGCGGUGUGGUGGGCUGCAAUUAUUUAUCGGUUGAAGAGGGAAUGCUUCGUCACCAUUUAAAAGCAUUGCACUCAGAGGAACCAUAUUUCCGUUGCAUGCACUGCCCACUUCCCCAGGAACCGAGUCAAAAUAUUCCUUUCGAAAAGAUGUCGAUUCACUUGAAAAUGCACGAUUCCCGUCUGUACAAGUGCUCUCACUGCAAUUAUCAUCACUAUCAAAGGCACGUGGUUGAGCGGCACUUGACCGAUAAACAUUCGGAUAAACUCGGAUUCAUCAAAGUUAUUCGUGACUUCAAUGUUGAUGCUGAUGCUCGUAAUUUAGAUUCUUCCCAACAAUCGAUAACGCAAGAUGCGGAUGGUACAACUGCUGAUGGAAACUCCUGGAAAUGUAACAUUUGCGAUUUUAGAACUAUGUAUAAAGCAGCAGUGCAGCAGCAUGUAAUGAACGACCACGAAGAGAAGGGUCAAUUUAAAUGCAAGUGCGGUCAAAGUUUCCUUAAUAAAGUUACAUUCGACCAGCAUAAACUCGCUUUUCACAUGUAUGAUGCUCAUUUUGAAGUUGUCCAAGUUUUCCAAAAAAUUAAAGGACAUACAAAAAAAUCUGAAAAUGCGGAUACUAGUAUGAAUAACACCACUGCCGAACCAUUUGAUACAACACCUUUAUGGCAACGAAAUGCUCCUCGAAUACGCCAUAUUCGUGGAAUUUUAUUCGAAGAAGAUGAAGAAGAACCAAAAUCAACCUCAAAACGGAAGAUCGAAUCCGUAGAGUCACCAACUAAAACACCUAAAAGUAGCAAAUUGAAGUGUGAGUCGCCGGAUAAACGCUCGAAAGUCACCAUACAAGAGCUACCGGAGGGCGGUUUUGGGCCAUACGGCGAACCAGAUGGAUCGUUUUAUGUUUGUCCCCUUUGUGACCGUUUCACUGCAAGAAAUAAAUCGGACUUUCGUGAGCAUUUAUUCCGAGAACUCAGAUAUUACAAAUUUGGAUGCAACCUGUGCGAUUACUCGGCUGUUAGUCGUACUAACGUUAAUAAACAUAAAAAUAAUAAACAUCCAGGCCAAGAAAUAGAGAUUCUUACGUUAGUAGUACACGAUAAUAUUGAAUCAUGGGUUAAACAAUUAUGUGAUUAUCAGACGGAAAAAAUGAGAGCUAACAAAAAUGCAUCUCUAUGUGCAUCAGCAACUGAUGUUAGUGCUACUGAUAUUGAGUGUUCUACCGAAGUAGACGAUGUAGAAAGUGAAGAAGAUGAAUCUAUUGCGGAUACCAAAGAGGAUGAUGAAACUAUUGAUGGAAUUAAUGAACUUUCUGAGGAUGAAAAAGAUAAUGGAGAAAGUCUAGCGACGGCUAUUAAUUGUAAACACUGCAAUCAAUCUUUUACCAAAUGGCGAGGUUUCAAACGACACGUGCAAGUAAAACAUUUGCGAUGCUUGCGUUAUCUUUGCCCUUAUUGUGAGAGAAGCUCCAAUUCUGAUUACGCUAUUUUGAAACAUGUUCGCUCUACCCACUCAGACAUGCCAGAAAAAGUGGAAGAAAAUACAAAUGCUCGUCUUCAACCAUUGAACGAUGAAUUUUGGGAAACAGAGUACGGACUUUUCGUACCCAAAGGUCGCAGCAAAAAACGUAAACGUAAAGAAAUGGAAAAAAAUCUUGACGAAGCAUAUCUUUGUCCAGAUUGUAAUUAUACAGCUGUCAGCUUAACAGAUUUAAGCAAUCAUUCAAAAGUUCAUGAAACUAAAACGAAACAAAUGUGUACAUUAUGUUCUUAUCACACUCUUUAUGAAUCUGAGAUGAGGCAACACUGGGAGAUUAAUCACCCAAAUCGUCCGAUACAGGUUGAAGAAGCUAUAAUAUCAGAUCGAGUUCAAACAUCUGGACGUAAAAAGGCAAAAGUUGUAGAUGAAGAACGUAAAGCAAGAAUAAUAAUAUAUUACUGUGACUAUUGUGACGUUAGUUCUGAGAACUUGGAAAAAUUGCGCAAGCAUUGGAAAUUGUGUCACAAAAAUUCGGCUGAUACGUCUAUCUUUAGAUAUAAAGAAAAAUCGGAGUUAAAAGUUAAAUGUGCUUACUGCGCUACUUCUGACUCUAGAGGAGCCCUUAUUACACACAUUUUAGAAGUACAUGGUCAAAACAAACCGAUUUUGCUAGUUGAAAGAGACGAUGAAGGAUGGAUGUGUAAAUGGUGCCCUGAUAAUGAAUUUUUGGCUGACAAAGACGAACUUGAUAAACAUCAUGCUGAGUAUCAUUCCCAUCUAGAUUUAGAUUAUAAAAUUGUUCGUCGUCAUUUUAAAUGUAAAUAUUGCUAUUUCUACGCAUCCAAUUUGGCAGCCAUGACUAAACAUGCUGAUAAACACAGGAGUAUCUCGAAAUGUAAAUAUUGCCAUACAAUCUUUCAAGACUUUGAUGCGAUAAAAAAUCAUUUCAAGCUACUUCAUCCGACAUCUGAUCCUGAAACUCGUGACUUGACUGAUUACGAAAAAUCGUCAGAAAUCAAAAACAUUUGUCACGAAAGUGCUAUCCAUGAGGAAAUUGAACUAAAACCUCAUACAAUAGCUCCAGCAUCACCGACCAUGAUGAGUCCAAGACUAGCAAAAAAAUCAACUAGCAAACAGUCUGCAUCUCUGUUUAUGAAUACAAUUAAAGCAACGGCGAGAAAAUCAACUAAUCCUUCCACCCAUAAUUUCCCACACGCCGAUCAAAGAGAAUGUCAAGAACCUUGUGUAGGUUGGUCUUUUUACGGUACACCCCCUUCUCCUAUUGAUUUAACUAAUAUUCGUACAACUAUGGCUGUUGCUGGAAUGAAAAUGAGUAUUGAUUGUUCACAAUUCGCUAAAGCCUUUCAAAUCAAUAUAAAUCCAACAUUGAUCUUAAGAGAUAUAUUAAAUUAAACAAUUUUGCGUUUGCAGAAGUUGUGAAAUUCUUGAUCUAAGUUUGUUUCCUAAUUCUUUUUUGUAUUGGCCUUGGAGUAUGUUGUACAAUCGUGCAAAAGGUAUUUAUGUAUUUAUGUGCGUCUGCGAGUGCCUUUAUUAAGCGCGAAUUUUGAGUGAGUUAAAAAUUUUGAUAGAUCAUAAUGAAUCCAAGUAUUAUGUUACAAAUAAUUUGUAUAUUCAUACCUUUUUUUCUUUAUUAUGCGCCGGCAAUUACACGUGAUUUCACGUAUUUUAAUUAAUAUAGAUAAAUAACUUAUACAAAGGCUGUAUUAAAAUAUAAUGACAGUCAAGUGAUAUACGGAUGUAUAAUAGGAGAUUGUGCGAACGAUGAAGAAACUACAAUUUUAAAGAGUUAAUUUUAGUUUAGUGAAUCAUUUACUAUCUAGAUUGAAACAAUGUUUUUUUUUCCUGUUUUGUGUAUAAACAAAAUACUGCUUAGCGUAUUACUUAUUGUUUCCAAUAUCUAGAUUUUGUACAUAAAUUCAAAUUAAGCAAGUCUCUAGGCUCUGUUAUAAUGCUAACAAUGUAAAAUGUUUUAUCGAGAAAACAAUUACAUUGCAAAAUCCGAGUUACUGUUCAAAGUAAUACUAGUUGUUUUUUUAAUUUUACUACCACAUGUGACACUACAAUCGAAUAAAAGAAAAUGUUAAUGCUUAGUAACGCGUUGAAGGUUAAUAAAUUAACCAAAAUUCGAUUAUCAUGAGCCACUAAAGACUGAAGUUUGAUUAUACCAAUUAAGAAGACAAUGUAAUAUUUAUUCAGUGUAAAUAUAUAUUAUGUAAAAAAUUGAAUAAAUAUUUUUGAUUUUUCUAUA